CUCAUUCUGAUGCAGAGGAAGACCCGUGUCACAGGACCUACUGUGGAAGAGGCCGGCAGUGUGUGCUGAUGGCGGAGAGCGGGCGCGCCGAGUGCGUGUGCCAGGAAAAAUGUCGGCCCUCCUUUGUGCCCGUGUGCGGCUCGGACGGCAGGUUUUACGAGAACCACUGCGAGGUUUACCGCACCGCCUGCCUGGAGAGGAGGCGCAUCUACGUGGUGCACAGCAAAGACUGCUUCUUCAAAGAUUUGAUCUGCUUCACCCUGAGGCGUUUGGGGCGACGUAAGCUGGUUCUGCGCUCCGAGCCGCAGUCGCCUGCUGGGGCAAACAUGGCCGCCGAG